AUGGCAAGUGCAGUGGACACUUUUUGUGGUCAAUCAUAUGGAGCACAGCAGUAUCAUAUGGUUGGCAUACACACGCAGAGAGUCAUAGUGGUCAUCAUGCUCGCUACUGCACCAAUGUCUUUUAUUUGGGCAUACUUGAGGCCUGUUCUAGUUGUUCUGCAUCAAGACAAAACAAUUGCAGCAAAAGCUCAACUAUAUGCCAGAUACUUGAUUCCAAGCCUUUCAGCCAACGCUCUUCUUCGGUGCAUUACUAAAUUCCUACAAACCCAUAACACUGUCCUUCCUAUAGUGCUAGCUUCUGGAUUCACUACCUUAGCACAUGUCCUUAUCUGUUGGCUUUUGGUUCUAAGAUUUGGGCUUGGCAUCAAAGGAGCUGCCAUUGCAUUUUGCAUUUCAAAUUGGCUUAACACAGUGCUACUAGCACUUUACAUCAAGUUCUCCUCUUCCUGCAAAAGCACCUAG